AGCAAUCAGAGAGGCAAAUAGAAAGCUGGAGUUAGGAAGCAGUAAGCAGCUCUCACGAAAGAAGCUUAGAGAGCAAUGCUCAGUCCACUGACAAUUUCACAUCCAAACCAUCAGGACGAGGAGGUGUUGUUAUGCAAUUGCUUGCUCUGGGAUGAUAGAAGUGUCCUCUCCACUGCACAGGUACCAUUCAAAUGACUACAUUUUAACACUGCUUUUUAACUUUAAGGGCUACCUAUGGACACUGCAAUCUUCAUCCCUUUGGCUGUGUUGUGCACUUCGGAGCAAGGGGCAAGGAUAAUUUUUCAGUGAUCUGGACUUACAGAAAUUAAUUCAAGUUUUAAAUAUUGUUGUUUUCCAUGUAAAUCUUGUGAAGAUGCAGCCUGUUUUUAUAUAUUGGUGGGUGUGGAUGUUGCUGGGCAUUUUUGAGGUACAGUCACAAGCUCAGUCACAGGCUCAAUCUCCUAGUCAGAGACAAGAUUCCCCUUCAAAUCCCUGGAGGCAAGUGAUCCAAUGGGAAAACAACGGACGGGUGUUUAGCCUGCUCAACAGUGGAGCUGAGUAUGUCCCGGCUCGUGGACAGGAACAGGACAGAAGUCAUCGAGUACUUUUAGCUGACAGCCCUAACAGAAGGUCCAGACCAAAUGGGGGGAAUGUGCGCAGACAGGCACCUUCCAGAGGUAACUCAGAAACCAUAAGGGGCCAGACCAGACACCCAUUUGGAUUUGGGCAAGUGCCAGAAAAUUGGCGUCAGGGAAGCGUUGGUACUGGAACAGGUGAAUCAAGUCGGUUUCAAUCUUCCCCUAGCACACGUUACAGAACUGGUUCUUCUUCCUCCUCUUCAUCAUCCUCCUCUUCUUCCUUCAGUGUCCAAUCAUACCCACAGUACCCUUUCCAACAGCAGCCACAAUAUUAUGCCCCAUAUGAAUCUUUUGAACCACCAUUCCAAGGAACAGGGUAUUCAGCAGACACUAGUGGAGGCUUCACAGGAGUAAGAUAUGGUGCUGGUGGAGGUGGCGCUAGUUAUUCUGUUGGAAGUUAUGGUGGUGCUGUAUUUCCAGGAGGAGGGCUGGCGCAAGUGGCUCCUAGGUCAGACAUUAGGGAUGAUACUUACCGCUACUAUCAACAAUAUGGUCCACCAUUUCCUGCUGCUCCUGCACAACCUGCACAACCUGCACAACCUGCACAACCUGCACAACCUCCAUUUUCAGAUGGUUUGGACCGCCGAUAUACGCACAGCUUGUACAAUGAGGAAACGGCAGGUCUUCCUGAUACAAGUAAUGCUGCAGAAUCAGUUGCAACUGGUGUAAGCCAACCUGGCCUGCAAAGCCCCCAGUAUGAGCAGUUUCCACCAUUUGGAAGAACACAACCUCAGCCUCCAUUCGUUCAGCAACCUGCACGUAACCCUCUCAGCUCUAACUUUGCAGAAAACCCCAGCACCAAUGCAGGAAGUGUCUACCGACCUCAGCAAAGAGGAUUGCCUGACCUAGUGCCAGACCCUCACUACAUCCAGGCCUCCACAUACAUCCAACGAUCCCAUAUGUACUCUCUACGCUGUGCUGCUGAAGAAAAGUGCCUCUCUAGUUCAGCCUACACCUCUGACAUCACAGACUAUGAUGUCAGGGUCCUGCUACGCUUCCCUCAGCGGGUUAAGAACCAGGGGACGGCUGAUUUCAUGCCCAACCGACCUCGGCAUACCUGGGAGUGGCACAGCUGUCACCAACAUUACCACAGUAUGGACGAAUUCAGUCACUAUGACCUACUGGAAGUGAGCACAGGUAGAAAAGUGGCAGAAGGACACAAGGCCAGUUUUUGUCUGGAGGACACCACAUGUGACUUUGGUCAUCUUAAACGCUACGCCUGCACUUCCCAUACUCAGGGUCUCAGUCCAGGUUGCUAUGACACAUACAGUGCAGACAUUGACUGCCAGUGGAUUGAUAUUACAGAUAUCAAGCCAGGAAACUACAUCCUGAAGGUUCAGGUUAAUCCCAAAUACCUGGUGCUUGAGUCGGACUUCACCAACAACAUUGUCAGGUGUAAUCUUCACUACACAGGGCGCCUUGUUCGAACAACAAACUGCAAGAUCUCCCAGUCUUGAUUGCCUGUCAGAAGAUGAUGACCUGGGAGUGAAGCUGUUCCAUUGAAAUGUGAAUGGAAUACUUAGUGUUUGUUUUAUUUUUAUUAUUUUAUUUUUAUUUUUUUGGCCAUGUUGUUGUUUGUCUUUUUCUGGUCCCAUAAGUUAUGUAGAAGCUAGGGGGCAAUGUGUACUACUUAUAUAAUCAAGAUAUGUCCUGAUACCCCAAUAACACCACACAGUGGGGUACCAAAAUUGGAAUUUCUUUUUUUAAAUUCCAUUUUUCCAACAUACCCUUUUCAAAAUAGCAAACACACACCAUCAGCCUUUAAGCCAGAUAGACACUGUAUGAUUUGAGUUAUUCAAAAUCCAAUUAAAUUCUCUGCCAAACAGACAAACCAUACUGAAGAAUGUAGAAUGUAAAAAAAAAUCCUAGUAUUUCGUGAUACACGACAUGUGAUAGACUUGUGCAAUGUCUGCCUGGCUUCGGACAUAACAAACAGCUUUUAGUCCAUUGGAAACACUGGCUUAUUUAUACCAUUCAUUUUUAAGAAUGGUUAUUUUUAGCAAGAACCAUUUGAUAAGAUUAAAAACAUUACAUCAAAUAGAGACAGGUGCUGAAAUGCAAACAACUGAGCCCAUGGGGCACUGUAAAUCACCACUUCAUAUCAGGAAAAGUCCCUGAAACCUUCAUUUUCAGUGUCAGGAGAAGAAGAUAUAUAGACUCAUACAACUGGAAGCAAUCGUUCUGUUGAAAAAGUCCCUUUUCCCCCCCUUCCUCUCGAUUGAAACGAAGGUGAAAUAAUAAAAUGUGGUUGAAAGAAAGAGAAUUUUGUGUGUAUGAAUCAUCUACUAUCAUAGCCAGUUUGUUCAGGAAAUUUACUUUAGCUUGACUGAGCGAGCCUUAAACAGAUUCUCAUUCUGAAACUGCCAGAGGGGAUUAAACAAUUUUGAAUGAACGCCUUAUAUUUAAAUUGCUGCCUAAAAGCGUUAUAGCCCCCUAUUAACCGUUUCCUUUCAAAAACCUGCUUUCUUGUUAUCUUGAUGGUUUACAGAUAAUGUCUGAUUUCGCAAUUUAGUAGUCGCCUUUUGAAACGAAUGACAAAUGCUUGCAUGCAUCUGAUGAAUUGGCAGCUUUUUCGCUCAGUGAUUCUUAUUGAUCAAAAGUUUUUUUGUGUCUGUUACCUUUUGAAAAAAAAAAUCUUGUGUCAUGUGAGCAGUUAUGGGCUGUAAACGCAUUUUGUAUUUUUAAAGCUACCAACACUGGUCCGAUGCCAUAGGUUAUCCUAAUUUUAACAUGUGACUGUUACUCCACUAUAAUACAGCUUGAAAACAUUGGAAAUUAUUUUAACUGCAUUUUUGUUUUCUUCAAAGAAAGUCUUAAGUACUGUGUUAGAACAUUAAUUGCUGUAAUUGUUACAUUGUAGGCAUUUCUUCUUUCAUGGUUUUUACCUGUACAUCUGAUUCCUACCUUUUGUUUAAUAGCUGUGCUGCAGCAGAAUGUAACUAAGAUGAUACUACUGUUGCAAAACUAACAUCGCAAAGCUUGAUAGUGCUUACGAGCCCAGUGCCAUCUCAACCUACCUCUGAAAGAGAGUUAGUUAUUUUAUUUUACCAGUCGAGAGAACUUCCCUUUAUUGCUAAACUUGAAAGAACACACACUAAAUAAAUCACAACUUAAUAUACUAUUUGUAAUCAUUUAUAAAUGCUUAUUUGGAACAACCUCCCAUAUAACAGGUUUUCUUUAACUUAGGCAUUUUGCUUUAUUAUUAAAUGUCUUCUGAAUGUGUUAAAACUGGGACCCUUUAAUUCAAAGUAAUACAACUUCUCUAUCUACAGUAGUUGUAUUACCAGAUGGAUGAGUGUACAUGCGAAAAACCCAAGAACGUUUUUUUUUUUUUUUCACUACAAUAAUGUUGAUCAUAUAAACAAAUGACUUUUCGUAUUUCAUUCCUGUAUUUCUUCUAAUUGGUUUUGGAUCUUUGGUUUCUUACCAAGUUUAUAACACAGUGUGGAGAUUUGCACAUUUCCUUUUUUUAAGUUUGUUGGUUGUUUUCUUUGCUUUUAAAUAUUUGUUUUUAGUCUGUAUACCAGAUCUUCAAAUAAAGACAAAAGAAUAAUACAAUAA